GGAGCAGCCGCCCCGGCGCCGGAGCUCCAUGGCCGGGGCGCGGGCCGCCCGGAGGCUCUCCGUCGAGGGCAACAUCGCCGUGGGGAAGUCCACCUUCGUGCGCCUGCUCAGAAGAGCCUUUCCCAGCUGGCAGGUGGUGCUGGAGCCCGUCUCCAAGUGGCAGAAGCUGCGGGCCGCCGGGUCCCGACAGCAGGCCGCACCUUCUCAGAGUAUUGGAAACCUGCUGCAAUUGCUCUAUCAGGAUCCCUCCCGCUGGUCCUACACUUUCCAGACCUACUCGUGCCUGAGUCGGCUCAAGGCCCAGCUGCAGCCCCUCUCAGCAAAUCCCGCAAAGACCCUGGAAGCCGUGCAGGUGUUUGAGAGGUCCGUCUACAGCGACAGGUUUGUGUUUGCGAAAAACCUCUUUGAGAUUGGCCACCUGACAGAAAUCGAGUGGACCAUCUACCAGCACUGGCACACCUUCCUUCUGCAGGCGUUUGGGGACCAGCUUGGCCUGCACGGCUUCCUUUAUCUCCGGGCACCUCCAGAGGUGUGCAUGGAGCGGCUGUGCCGAAGAGCGAGGCCAGAAGAGCAGGAGCUGCAGCUGUGCUACCUGGAGCAGCUUCACACGCAGCAUGAGGACUGGCUCCUGAGGAGAAGCCCCAUGUCCCGACUGGAUGGCUUAGGGGACGUGCCAGUUUUGGUGCUGGACGUGUCCAGAGAUUUUGAGCAUGACCCGAGUGAGCAAGGGAAGCUCGUCAGUCAGGUGCGCACUUUUGUGGAGAGUGGCCCUCUUGCUGCUUUGCCCUCUGCGGCCGCCUCUUAACUCAGCAUCUCGUUCAAGGAGUAGCUGACUCUGCUGGGCCGGGAGCUGUGGUGGAAACAGGUCACCCUCUUUGGGUCUCGGCAGGCCAGAACCGCCUGGAAUUAAGGGUGGCGUCAACACUGUGUGCGUUGUAAAUAAAUGUGUGUGUAGAGGAACUGAGUCCAGGGACCCACGAGGUCUGGAAUCUGCACCCCAUGGAGCAGACUGCAUGGAAGCGCAGGCAGGGGCUGUGAAGACGCUUCUCAGCCCCAGAGCCUCGUGUUCUUGGGGGCUGUUGUCCCGUUUGCUCUUCCCCAUGCACUUCCGGGUGCAUGGGGAGGGCCGAGGCUUCCUGGGGUGGUGGCUUCUGGUUAGCCAGGCACUCACCAGACUUGCUUCAGUGUGUAAGGGAUGCAAACCCUAGCAGGGCUCACCUAACCCCUUUCGGCGUCGGGAGCGUUGGGGGCUGUACCUGAAAAACCUGGACGGAACCAGUUGCUGGACUGCUGAGGCAGUUUCUGACCUUGUUGGCCAGUUUGCAGCAUGAAUUGCAGCAUUUGGAGCAAUUGAGAGUUCAGAAGCUGCCGCCGCCGCCACCUCUGUAGCAUCCCUAGAAAUCUUUGGGCAAGCCCAAAUAGCUCAGGCCAAGCCAGGGAUGGCAAAUAGGCUUCUAAGGGGGGCACCUUGGGUGUGGCCGGCCAGGGAAUGCUGGGAAGGGUCCGGCUUUUUCUGUGCAAAUGUCCACAGGCUGCGCCUUCAGCGGCUCACACUUGCUUUCACGGGCAACGUCAGCGCUUACUGCUGCUCGGUGCUCGUCUACACACAACCAUCUUUCAUGGCGCCUUUCAAGGGUGUGGUCGCGUGCACACAAAAACGCUUGCAGUGGUGUGGGCGCAACUGCAGAAGCAUUGCUGGUUGUGCAAGUGCACUACCUUGGUUGCCUCAUCCCGAACGACUGCCUCCUGCUUUCACUAGCUUUGGCUGCUGGGGAAGCAUUUCAAGGAUUCCUUGCCCUUUCUGCAGCGGAGUUCCCUGAAGUGCAGAGCGCGGCGUUCACCAUAAUAAAAGGGACCACUUUGAAAA